CGUCGCCCAGCGCUAACUCGCCCUCCUCCUCCCCGGCGGUGGCUGGCUGCGGCAGCUGCAGAGGCAGGAGGGGCUGGCGGAGGCGAAGCAGCAGCCGUGGAAUAUGGCGGACGGCGUGGAUCACAUAGACAUUUAUGCCGAUGUAGGAGAGGAAUUUAACCAGGAGGCUGAAUAUGGUGGGCAUGAUCAAAUAGACCUGUAUGACGACGUCAUCUCUCCAUCUGCCAAUAACGGCGAUGCACCAGAGGAUCGUGAUUAUAUGGACUCUCUUCCACCAUCUGUUGGAGAUGAUGUGGGCAAAGGAUCAGCACCAAAUGUAGUCUAUACAUAUACAGGAAAGAGAAUUGCAUUAUAUAUUGGGAAUCUUACUUGGUGGACCACAGAUGAAGAUUUAACUGAAGCAGUUCAUUCACUUGGUGUAAAUGAUAUUUUGGAGAUAAAAUUUUUUGAAAACCGUGCUAAUGGACAGUCUAAAGGAUUUGCUCUUGUGGGUGUAGGAUCUGAGGCAUCUUCCAAAAAGCUGAUGGACCUGUUGCCCAAAAGAGAGUUACACGGUCAAAAUCCUGUUGUAACUCCUUGUAAUAAGCAAUUUCUGAGUCAAUUUGAACUGCAAUCGAGAAAAAACUUAGGCGGAAGUCUGAAAAACAGACACUGCUUUAAUGAAGAGCAAAGAGUGCUGCAUCUGUCUACACAAUCUGGCCAGAUGUCUGGUGAAGGAAAAGCUGGUCCACCGGGAGGCAGUUCACGAGCAACUUUUCCUCCAAGUAACAGAGGGCGGGGCCGUUUUCCAGGUGCCCUUCCUGGAGGGGACAGAUUUCCGGGACCAGCUGGACCCGGAGGGCCCCCUCCACCUUUUCCAGCUGGACAGACUCCUCCACGUCCACCUCUAGGUCCUCCGGGUCCACCAGGCCCACCAGGUCCUCCUCCACCUGGCCAGGUUCUGCCUCCUCCACUAACUGGUCCUCCUAAUCGUGGUGACCGUCCCCCUCCUCCAGUUCUGUUUCCAGGACAACCGUUUGGCCAACCUCCAUUGGGUCCACUUCCGCCUGGUCCUCCACCCCCAGUUCCAGGCUAUGGUCCUCCACCAGGUCCUCCACCCCCACAGCAAGGUCCUCCUCCACCUCCAGGUCCUUUCCCUCCUCGUCCACCUGGUCCUUUAGGACCACCCCUUACACUGGCUCCUCCUCCUCACUUACCUGGGCCACCACCAGGUGCUCCCCCUCCUGCCCCACACGUGAAUCCAGCUUUCUUCCCCCCACCAGCCAACAGUGGCAUACCUACAUCAGACAGUCGUGGUCCACCCCCUUCAGACCCAUAUGGCCGACCUCCACCAUAUGACAGAGGUGAUUAUGGGCCACCAGGCAGGCGUUUCACUGGAAAUAACAUGUCCAUAAGAGAACAAUUACAUAUGCCAUUGUAUUGGAGACAAACGAAAAAUAAUACUCAAAACGCAGGGAGAGAAAUAGAUGCUGCAAGGACACCAUUAAGUGAAGCAGAAUUUGAAGAAAUUAUGAAUAGAAAUAGGGCUAUCUCUAGCAGUGCCAUUUCAAGAGCUGUAUCAGACGCAAGUGCUGCGGAAUAUGGAAGUGCUAUAGAAACCUUGGUGACUGCAAUUUCAUUAAUUAAACAGUCCAAAGUAUCUGCAGAUGAUCGCUGCAAAGUACUUAUUAGCUCUCUGCAAGAUUGUCUUCAUGGGAUUGAAUCAAAGUCUUACGGUUCUGGAUCAAGAAGACGUGAACGGUCAAGGGAGAGAGACCAUAGUAGAUCAAGGGAGAAAAGCCGCCGCCAUAAAUCUCGUAGCAGAGAUCGCCAUGAUGAUUAUUACCGGGAAAGAAGCCGUGAACGUGAGAGGCAUCGUGACCGUGAUAGAGACCGUGAUAGAGAGCGUGAUAGAGAACGAGAAUAUCGUCAUCGUUAAGAGCUGAAGGAAGAGGAGCACCUCGCCAGAAAAGAAAUGUAACUUCGUGGAAAGAGGCUUGUCCAGCAGUUUGCUUCUUGUGAUCGAACAGAGCUGUAAAGGAUUCAUGGAUAAAUUGAACAGGAAUAGAUCUGAAUAAAGCAAAUCUGCAUAUAUGGUAACCAGUAGCUCUCUUACUUUUUAUGUUGCUUAGCUGUUUUUAUUUGAAGGAACCUGUGUGAUUUAAAACAUAUAGCUUUUUGCAACUAUUACUGGUUAUAUAUAUAUUUGACAAUUAAAAUGUGCAGGCAAUUGGAAAGAAGUCAAGUAAAUGCUUGUUUUUAUAGUAGUUGGUUCUUGUUUAAAUGUUCAAGAUAAUGUCUGUAAAGCGCAACAAUUUGAUUAUAAUAGAUGUAGUGUUGUAAUAAACUGUUUGAUGGGGCUGAUGUGUAAAUCUGUUCGAGUUAUUUGAUGUUUACACCUCAGGGAGCGUCUUGUGUUCAGCAAUAUUUAAUGGUGUUAAAUGUCUCUAACAAAAUGCAUAUUUUUUACAAAUGCAUCAAUUUAUUGUAUUUGAUAACUUUAUGAUGAAACUAGAAUAGAAAUCACAUUAUUAGUUUAUAGCCAGUUUUACAUAGAUGGUUUUUGAACAUGCCUAAAGGUGUACCAAAAAAUUAGUGUUUCUGAUCCUUGUAGAUUGAAAUUCCAUUGGAGAAGAUUUAGGCUUAAGUUGAAUUAAAGACUUCUGUUGCAAUAUACAGAACUAAAUACCCCAUAUUUAUUUACAAUUUUUAAAAAAAAAGAUUAGGCAUUUUCAGAUGAUGGUCAUUCUUUACUUUUUUGUUAUGUCCUAUUUCCAAAUACUCUGAUAGCGUAUACAUAGACCCACUGUGUCAACUAAAAAUAGUUACAAAAGAAUUCCCUAAAAAACCAAACAUGAAAAAUAAAAAUUCCAGCAGUUUCUUUAAACAGUAAAAUGUAGUUUGUCCCAAUAAGCAAAUGUAAAUCUGAUGUACUCCAGAAUCAACAGUGGAUUUAUAAUCGUGCUCAGCGAUAUGUUGUUUGUUGAUAAAAACAGACUUCUGAGAUUCUUACUUGCACCUGCCUAAUUUCUCCUUUCAAAGCUGUCAACAUUUUAAAUGUUUAUUUUCCCCAAAAUUUACUGUAAUUGGUUUGUGAAUUAAUGAAAAUCAUUUUUUUUAAUAUUUAAUCAGUUUCAAUAAAUUGGAUUAUAAAUUUGCUGAGAUAGGAAAUUAAAUACAUCAUAUAUAUUCUGCAAUUAUAACUUGAUAAAAACCAUGAUCAGUCUUGGGUUUUUAAUGAAUAUAAUUGUGUAGUAAUAAUUUUAAAUAGCAUCCUUGACACAUCUACAGUUUUUAAGAUAAAUGAAGCAUACAUAUUAAAAUAUAUGUAUGUUUCAGUUAUAUUCAUAAUAAGGUAUUAUCUGGAUCUUCGUUUCAGUUUACCUGGAAGUAAAUCCCUUUGAAAGUGGAAUUGCAUUUAAGUAAAUAUGCAUACUAUAUGUAUCCACCGUUAUUAGCUGCACAUGAAAGCACUCAACUUUCUCUACUGGUUCUAUACAUAAUUCUGCUCAGAGUAGAAAUAAAAUAUCUCUCUGAAGGUUAUCCAAUAUGACUGGUUUACAUUGUUGUAAAAGUCAGUUUAUCAUGUGCUUAGUUCAGUCAGUGCAACUUAACCUACUGUAUAGACUUGUCUAUUUCAAAUUAAUUUUUUAGUUGUUAAUAACUGGAGUUGUAUGGAUAUGUUAAUGUUCACUGAAAAGAUUUUUAUAAUGGCUGCCUUUAUCGUUUUUGUACAUUGAACAUUCUUAUGAUUCAUACUUGGUUUGUUUUCUUGAUCUAACACAUUUUUAUGUGACAUUGGCUUCUGUUAAGCAUAUUAUUAUGAUCAAUUUACCUAAUUAAUAUGUGGAAAUGUUAAUAUUACUUUUGAUUUAGCCUCCAAUUUCAUUGUGUGCGUGCGUGUGUGAGUGUGUGUAUAUACAUAUAAAUAAAUAGGUAGAAGUAAAUAGGUAGAAGAUGAGAAGUAAAAAUUAAUUGAAGUAAAAUAUUAAGAUGUUUGGGUCUGUAUACUGUUAUUUAAAAGUUAUACUUAAGGUUUUGAGUUGUUUCCUUUGUGCAGUGUUGAAUAGGUAUAUCAUCAGAAAAUGGGAAGUUGCUCAUAUGCUUGGAAUGGCUUGUUUAUUUAGGGUUGUUGUGAUAGCCCUAAGAAUUCCAGUGCAGUAAUGCAUUUUUAAUUAGCUAAAAUGUGCACAAAGAAUCUGGACUAAAAACUGGAAAAACCAAAAGCUGAAGAAACAGCCAGGUAAGUUAGAUAUGCAUCAUGGAUAAAUUUUAUUUGGACAAGUUCAAGUAUCAAGCACCAAAAUGAAAAUAAUUUAAAAUCAUAACUUACUUUAGUGUAACUUUUUACAGUUGAAAAGUAGUGUUAUUACUGUAUAUAGAUUAUUUUAUGUUUUCUUCUCAAGAUUUCCAUUGCUGGCAGUGGAUUUGCCAAAAAUCAGAGUAUGAAUGGGUUUUUUGAUAACUUUUUAUAUAUGUAGCGUGAAAGUUUCUGAUGUGUGGUAGUAAAUUGUGGGUAAAAAUUGUCCAAUCUGAAUUAUUAAUUUCAAUAAACAUUUAAAGAAUUCCAAAGAUACUAAGACAAAUGAAGGCAUUCCAGUUGUGAUAUGUCUGUGAGCAAACUCAGGAUAUAUUAUUGUGCAUACUCACCAGACAGUAACAAAAAUUCUGGAUAUUUUCUAGGCUUCUACUGAAGUUUGUUUGGAUUUCUGCAUUUAUUCUGUUUCUGAUACGAAAAUGUCCAAAUAGGUACUUGAUGUUCUGUAUCUAGAUAUUCAUAGAUUAAGAAUAGGUAUUUUAUGGUUUUUAUCGAUAAAAAUGAAAACACAGAACUAAAUUAAUUGAUUAAUGUCCUUAGGUAUGUCAGCAUCUGCUUGUAAUGUCACUGUCACAUUUCUUAAUGUGCAUGGUUGCAGCAGGUGGUACUCUGAACUAAUUCAAACUUAAGCCAGAACAGUGAAUUUAUUAAUUGGAUAGCUUUUCUCUCAAUAUAUUCAGCUAACAAUACAUAUAGCUGGAUAUGUUUUUAGAAUUAAGUUUUCAAAUUGCAUAUUAAGCAGAUAGUAUUAUUACUAUCUAAUACUAAUUAUAAUUGUUGUUGUCCUAUUUAAAAUCUUGCCCAUUAGCUAUCAUGUGUCUGUCCAAACAGUCUGUUUGCAAAUAUUGCAGUGGGAAUGCAAUGCAUGUUACUAAUGAAUUUUAGAAUGAAAAUCCUGGUUAGUUUUGAGAGUGUGUAUGCUUGACUGCUUUUUAUUAUUCCUGGAUUAUUUGGUUGUUCAAGUUUUAUCAAAUAUGAACUGCAGGUUUUAAAUGUAUAUAAUGACUUUAGUUUUAAGAACUCUUUUGUAAAUACAAUAUUGGAUAGCAGUUAGAUUCUCACUCCAACUUCAGCUUCCUACUAAUUUUUAUAUGUAGGGUCUUAUUCACAUUGUUUACUUGUUUGAUGUAAGAUUUCACAGCCUUAAAAUGCAGCUUUUAAUGUAAAAGCAUUAAACAUACUCUGUAAAAUGUGCAUACUUCAACUGUUUGUCAAUCUUUAAAAAUCUGAGAAAUAGGCAAAAUUGUGUUAAUGAAAAUAACAUUUUAAUCUGAGCAAGAAAAAGUAGUAGGGAUUUAUUUAACAACCAGACAGUUAAUCUGAGAACAAGGUAUUUUAAAAAGCACGUUAGAAAUAUUUUAUAUAAAACUUUGAUACUCCUUCUUUAUGUGUACAUACUAUGCUAUCAGCAAAACAUACACAUGCUUAUGCAAACUAUUAAUACAUUUUCAUUUCCAUCAAAUAUUGCUUUCUCUUUGCAGUUGUAAAUUGUUAGUUUAAAUAAAAAUAAUGCCACAGUAUCCA